UUCGCUGGGGUUAGUGGGGUUCGCUGGGAUUAAUGGGGUUCGCUGGGAUUAGUGGGGUUCGCUGGGAUUAGUGAGGUUCGGUGGGAAUAAAGCCGCGGUGAGGCGGGUUUUGGACCCGCGGGGCUUUGGGGAGGGCGAGCUGCGUGCCCGGGGCAGGCCCGAGGCCUUUCCUUAGCGCUCGUCCCCUCUCCAAAUUGACGAUCCCAGCAGAGAUAUUUGAUAAAUCUCCUCAUUUUCAGGUCAAAUCUCCUCAUUUUCAGGUCAAAUCUCCUCAUUUUCAGGUCAAACCUCCUUCCUCCCUGUUGUAGCCACGCGUCUGAGGGGCAUUUCUAACGUAGUCCCUCCUCAUUCCCUAAAGGAGCUUCAGGAGCUGAGUAACUCUGGAUGCAGCCGGGCUGAAUUCCCCCGGAGGUUGUUAAAAACAACGCCAUUCGCUGAAUUUUUGGGUUUUUUUUUUUCUUGUUUUUUUUGUUUUUUUAAAGGUUGGAGCUGAGAGAUUUCUGCUUUCUGACGUCGAUUUUUGUUAUGGAAACGCCAAAAAGAGAUUUUUGCUGUUGUUGUUGUUGUUGCAGAGCCUCCAGUGUAUUCCCGGAAUUGCACUCAGGGUCGAACUUCCUAAAAAAAACCCGGUUUUAUUUGGCUAUAAAAAAAUAGAAAUAAAUAAAAGGGAGUUUCCAGGGGAAAUAAAGGAUUUUGGGGUUGGAUUUGGGCACAGCUGAAGCAGAGCAGGAAUUUUCCAGGUGAAACUUCCUGGUGGUGUCACUUGCCAGCUCCAGUGACUUUUUUCCAAGGUGAAAUCCAGGGAAAAUCCAAUUUUUUGGGAUUUAAGAAAAGAUUCCUGUGAGGGGGAAAAAAUUGCCACAGGAAAUCUCUGCCAGGCUUUAGGGUUGAGCUCAGAAAUACAGGAAAAACAAAAAAAAAAAAAAAAAAAAGAAAAUAAAUUUUCUUUAAUUUCUGUUUUAUUCAAGAGUGGAUGUAGCAGCUUCCCUUGGGUUGGAGUUGAUUCCUGAGGAGGAAAAGCUGGAGGAGAGAGAAAAAAAAAGGCUAAAAAAAAGGGUCAAAAAGUGGAAUUCCUGCUGCUUUUCCUUCUUGUGUCACCUGAUAAACAGGAGGUGAAUCAUCAGGAAUUUAAGGCAGGAUUGAAGCAGCAGGAGAGGAUUUUCCAGGGAAAUUCAGGGGUUUUAAAUCCAAGAAUUCCUCACAGGGAGGUGCAGAAAAACUUCUUUAUUUUCCCUUUAAAAAAUCCAAAGGUUGUGUUGGGUUUUUGGCCUGGUUUUUGCUGCCCCUCAGCUGCUGCACUUUUGAUUUUUAGAAUUUUUUUUUAACAAAUAAUUGUUUAAAAAAAAUAUUUCCCUACAAAAGUUUUAACGGAAUUCUGGACAAGAAAUUCUUUAAAAUCCUCAUUAAUUCAUUCAAGACCUGCUGAGUGCACCAGAGUUACUCAUUUUUAUUCAGAUUUUUUUUUUUUAUUGCCACCUUGACACUGCUUUAAAAGUUUUUUUAAUUAACUUUUAUCAUUAAAUCACCUUGAUAAAGCUUAGAAAUAUGAAGGGUUUUGGAGGGGGAGGUUUGGUUGAUUUUUUUUUUCUGUUGCUGUCGUAGAUUUUUAAGGUUUUAUUCCAAUUCUUGAAGGGAAAUUCAAACUCUGAACUGAAACGUGGGAAGGCAAAAAAAGCUGAUUGAAUUCCUGAAGCAAUGAAAUCUCAGGGGGAUUUUCUUUCCCUGCCCCUCAGGGUGGUGGAUGCAGGAAAUGUUGCAUUUUUUUAGGUUGUGGAAAAUCCCUGAGGAAAGGAAAUCCCAAUUUCCAUUCCUGCUUUUAUCCCCCCCCCAUUCCCAGGAUUUCAGUGGUGCCUUCAGCAAAACCAGAAGAAUUCAGGCUCGAAAUCUCAUUUUAACUCCUGACAGCACUGGGGAAAACACCUGGGAAAACUUCAACUUCCACAAGAAGAAAAUAUCCAGGAAUUUUUAGGAAUAAAUUCCCUGGAAAAUCUGAUUUUUGAAGGUUGCAAAAGUGGAGAUGGAAAGAACAAGAGGGAACCCUGCACAAAAAAAAACAACCAAUAAUUAAUAUGAGAACCCAAUUUUUCCUCUCUUUAUUUUAGAUUUGGGAAAAUUCCUUGGCCAAAACAAACCAAAAAAAAAAAAAAAAUAUCCUGGGAAAAUUCACUAGUGUUUGUGUGAGUAAAAGGUUCAAACUGUUUCUUCUUAAGCUGUAAAGAACAAUUUCACUGAGUUCUGUCCUCCCCAAAGAGGGAGAAAUCCUUUGCACAGAAAUGUCUGAGGGGUAAAAAUGACUUUUAGUUGGAUUUUAGCUGGUUUGGUUACGAGGUUGUGUGGAAAAGGAGCCUAAAAAAUCAGAUUUUUAGAAGAAAAAUGGGAUACAUGUGAAAAAAAACUCAAUUUUUGGUGGCACCAAAACCCCCAUGAGCUGCAGGAUUGCAUCCGAGGGGAGCCAAUGAUGGAUGGGUGGAUUAGGGAGCAGCACAAAUGGCAAAAUUGGGAUAUUUGAUGGAAAACCCACCUUAAUUCCUGCCCAAAAUCCCCAACCAAUUCCUGCUUUUCCUUGGGUGAGGGGUGGGGAUGGCUGUGCUUGUCCCUGUGUCCCCAAAUCCCCUCUCACCUCAUCCAAAACCCCUCAAAUAAUCUCAUUUCUCCCCCUGUGAGACAUUGAUGUGGGAAAUGGGCCCAAAAUUCUGAUUUUUUUGGUUUUUUUUUUUUUUUGCUGCUUUUUCUCCUUGUUGUGCUGUCCCCUCCCUGUGGGGUGUGUAUAAACACAUUUCUGGGUUUAUACACACAAAUUUGGGGUUGGUUUUUUUAUUUUUUUUUUUAAUUUACUGUACAGGUGAUAAAGACGGGGGAAGGUUUUUGUGUUUUCUUAAUAGGUGAAGAAAUCUCAGAAGAUCCUGAAAUUGCAACUUACUGAAUUAAAUAAUUAAAAAAAAAUAAAAAAAAAAAAAAAAUUAGAAAUUUCCCCAGCUGUGGAAGAUGGAGCCUCAUUUUUGCAGCCACUUUGAAUCCUGAGUUCAUCUUAAAAAAAAAAAGGCGCUGGGGAUUUUUUUUUAUAUUUUUUGUUGUUGUUUUUUUUAAUUUUUUUUUUUAUUGGAAGAGCUAAAAUAUCCCUGGCUGUCUCCAGUGUGCCAGAUUUGCAAUGGACUCAAUUCCUCCAUUAGUUGUCAGAUUGUUCUGAGAGCACCUCAGAGUUUGGAGUUGUUGGCUGAGAGGUUCCCUUGGAAUUGUCAGGAGGAAAAAAAAAAAAAAAAAACAAAACAAAACAAAAAAAAAGGCAAAAUUCAAAAAUUCUUUCUGCCCCUUUGUUAUUCAUUGACGGACUCCUUCGGCCUACAGGAGAGGGAACUGCAUGGCUGGGAAGAUCAAAGCCUGGGCUCAGCGUGGCCAGGGUCAUUUUUAAAAAGAAGCUGUCAGAGCUAAGCCAGGAGAAGCCUUGGAGAAGCCAAUUCCUGCCCAGGCUGGAGGAGGGAGAGCCCUGGGAGGAGCAAACCCCGAGUAGGGAGUGAGGAUCCUGCAGCAUGUCCAGCCAGGGCGAUGACUGCUACUUCUACUUCUACUCCACCUGCAACAAGGGGGAUUCCUGUUCCUUCCGGCACUGCGAGGCCGCCCUGGGCAGCGAGACCGUGUGCACGCUGUGGCAGGAGGGGAGGUGCUUCAGGAACAUCUGCAGGUUCAGGCACAUGGAAAUCGAUAAAAAGAGGAGUGAGAUUGCCUGUUACUGGGAGAACCAGCCUGGGGGCUGCCAGAAGCACAACUGCGCUUUCCACCACGCCAAGGGGCGCUACGUGGACGGGCUCUUCCUGCCCCCCAGCAAGACCACUCUCCCAAGCCCCCCUGAGGCUGCCGAGGACGAGGUGAAGAUGGUGCAGCUGCAGCAGAACAAACUCUCUGUUCAGUCCAACCCCUCCCCACAGCUCAGGGGGGUGAUGAAAGUGGAGAACUCGGAGAAUGUGCCCAGUCCCACCCAUCCCCCCGUGGUCAUCAACGCUGCAGAUGAUGAUGAAGAUGAUGAUGACCAACUUUCUGAAGAAGGAGAAGAAACCAAACCCCCAGUCCAGCCCCCAGCCACAGAAACCCACAAUGGGCUGAGGGUGAUUUCCACCAGGAAAUCCAACCCCAGUGCAAAGCAAGAUGACAACUUAAAUUUUGGAAUAAAAACCUUGGAAGAGAUCAAACUGAAGAAACUCAAGGAAAAAGCCAAAAAACAAGAAGGUCCUUCAGGAGUGGCUGUGGAUCCUCUCCAAGCCCGGAGCAUUCCCGUGCCAGAGAAGGAAAACGUCCGGACCGUGCUGAGAACUGUGACCCUCUCCUCCAAGGAAGGGGAGGACCCUGUGAUCCAGCUGAAUCUUCCUGACAGACUGGGAAAAAGGAAAACCCUGACAGGUGGGAAAACUUUCCUUCCCCUGAGGAGGAACGUUGCUGACAGGCUGGGGAGGAAGGCAGAGCUGCAGGAAAACACUGAAAAGGCCCCAAAAAGAGGCACAGUUCAAGUCCUGAAGUCCCUGAAGGAGAGGCUGGGGCUGCCCUCUGAGCAGAGCAGCACUGAGACAGACAAAGCUGCCAAGCCCAUCGAGGAGAUCCGGGUGAAAACCCUGGAGGAAAUCCGCCUGGAAAGAGCCAACCAGAGGAGAGGGGAACCCCCAGCCAAAAUCCCAGGAGAAGGAAGGAAAACUGAAGAUCCCAAUUUAGGAGCAAGACCCUCCCCUGCUGUCCGCACCAAAUCCCUGACGGGAGCCCUGGUAGAAAAAAACCACAAAAGGUUGGGAGAGGAGAAGGAAAAAGCCGAGGAAUUCAGCAGCAGGGCCAAAAGUGAGGCUGAUGCCAGGAAACAGAACAUUCCUGCUCCAGCUGUGGCAGGCAGGGUGCAGCUGGCAGAGCCUGGAAGAGCCAAAGGAGCCGGAGAAGUUCGGAUCAAAACCUUGGAGGAGAUCAAGAGGGAGAAGGCGCUGAGGAUGCAGCAGAGUGGGGAGAACCUUCCUGCUGCUGCCCCGGCCGAGGCUGCCCUGAGGGGCAGGAAACUGCUCAGGGUCACCAAGCUCGUGGCACCUGGAAGAGAAGAAAAAAUGAUCGUGGAGCUGAACAAACCUUCCCCCAAAAAUGGCUCUGCACCUGCGGAGAAUUCAGGGAAUUCUGGAGUUCAGGUGAAGAGCCUGGAGGAAAUCAUGUGGGAGAAACGGCAGCUGAAACAACGGCAGGAGGAGAAACUGCAGCAGGGAUCUGGGACAAUUCCAGCUGGGAACCAGGAGAGGAACCAGGAGAAAAACCAGGAGAGGAACCAGAGAAACCAGGAGAAAAACCAGGAGAGGAGCCCGGAGAAGAACCAGGAGAGGAAGCAGGAGAGGAAGCAGGAGAAGCCCCCGGGGUCAGGGAGCCCCGAGGCUGCUGUGGGGUCAGCCCAGCUGGGCAGGAGGAGAGGGGGCAGGUCCCAGGAGGAUGGAGGGACAAACCCAGAGAAGGAUCCAGGGAAAAAGGGAGCUCAGCUGCCCGAGAGGAGAGGCAGAGCCAAAGCCAAGGUGUGCCUGAAGCCUCUGGAUGGCAAAGCCACUCCCAAGCAGCCCCUGAAGAGGAAGGGCCCCGAGGGCCACCCCCCUGCUGUGGUGGCAGUGAAGCCACUCAGUGCCACCAGCGGGGACACCCAGGAGCCCUCAGCCAAGGUUCUUGUUCCCACUCCUGAGGACAGCCUGGGCUCCAAGCCUCGGAGGGAGAAUUCCCAGAGCAGCCCCCAGCUGCAGCCUGGCAGCCAGGGCGAUUCCCUGGCACAGUCAGAGGUGUCGGGAUCCUCCUCUUCCUCCUCCUCCUCCUCCUCCCUGGAGGCUCCGCUGAAGCUGCGGCGCCUGAGCUCGGCCGGCGCCGCCAAAGCCGCGCUCUCGGUGGAGGACGACUUCGAGAAGCUCAUCUGGGAGAUCUCUGGGGGAAAGCUGGAGGCAGAAAUCGACCUGGAUCCAGGCAAGGAUGAGGAUGAUCUCCUGCUGGAACUCUCGGAGAUGAUUGACAGCAGAGAGGGGAGGUUUUUUAUGAAAAAAAAAAAAAACAAAAAAAAACCCGGGGAAACGACGCGUCGCCAAAAAAAAAAAAAAAACAAACCCUAAAAAAGCAAAAUUUCCUCCCGACACCCCGCAGAAACGCUGUAAAUGUUGUUGGAUCCGUGGAGGAGAUGCUCUCCCAGCUGGAAGCACGGUUGGGUUGUUAGGAAUAGGCAGAGUCUGCUCUCAGUUGUCCCCAAAUUCCAGGCUGUUUGUCCCGGCGGCUCCUCCCACACGGGACAGGACAGAGCACUUGGAAUUCCCUGGGGGGACACAGAUCCCACUGCAGAGCUCCCUCCUGGACAGAGAACCCCAAAAAUCCCUGGAGUUACUAUGUCAACUCUGGAAUCCACGGAUGGACUCGGAAUUGGGGGGAAUUCAGGGAAAAGAGGGGGUGGAAAAAGGCGAGGCAGGAUUUUGGACCAAACCCCGCCAGGGUGAGCCUGGCUCCAAACGAUCUGGGGGGAUUUUUCCUGGGAUCCUGAGCUGGGGGGAAGGCAAAAUUCCUCCUGGGAUUUGGGAAAAGGAGCAUUGCUUCAAGUGCCUCUGGGUUCUGAGGAUUUCUCCCUGCAAUGAAGCUCCCACAUCCAGCUGGGAUCCUUUUGGGAGGGGGGGAAAAAAAACCACCUGGAACGUUCCCCCCUUGGCUGCUUCCCUCUUUUCCAGCCUCCUUUGGAGAUGGGAUUGGGUGGAAUCCCCGUGGGUUUGAUCUUUUUUUUUUUCAUUUUGUUUUUUGGGUUUUGUUUUUUCCUGUAAAUAUUUUAUUCUUCCAUUUUAUAUUUGUAUGAUUCUAUUUAAGGGAUUAAAGGUAGGCUGCUCACUGUGGUGUCCAUGCA